AUGGACUGGCGGUCGGAUAUUGUAAUCAUGAAUAAGGAUGGCGCGUCAUUUGGAGACGUGUGCGUUUAUCGUGAAGGUGCUGACAAUAUUGAGAACAUCGUCUGUGCACUGCAAGCGAAAAAGUGGAAGAAACCAGUCCCAAUCGACCUGCUUACUAAAGAGCACACAAUGAACACAGAAACUAUUCGAAACAUACAACAAGGAUCAACAUUGGAUAAUCAAAGAAUUAAUAAUAAUAAUGCACGCACCAUUACUGUGCUUAUCACCACAGCAAAUGUUACAGAGCAAGCAUAUUGGCAAUUCAUGUUGAGGGCAGAUAUUCCUGCGGGGGGUUUCGCCAAUAAGGCUCCUUACUCUUUGCCUCUGUUCUUUCUUGAUCAGUUUAUCAGGUCAGCGAAAAUGAGACUCACUAUUUCGACUCAAACGGGAGAAUUGCAUAACGUUGAAGUGGAUUCGCAAAUGGAGUUGGAGAAUUUUAAAGCUUUAGUUGAAGUGGAGACAAAUGUCGCCAUUAGUGAUCAAACUCUUUAUCACGAUGGAAAAGAGCUUAAGGAUCCUAAAAAAACUUUAGCACAAUGUGGUAUUAUCGAAGACGAUAUAGUAGUGCUUCAUAGAAAAACGAACUCUUCAACUGAUAUGUCGGUCGUGGAACAAAUGCGCCGAUAUCUGAUUUCUGACCCUGGUAUAAUAAGACAAUUGGAGCGCACAAAUCCCCCAUUAGCAGCAGCCCUUAAUUCUACUUUGAAUAAUCCACAACAAUUUGCCCAGAUAUAUAACCAAAUCAGAGAUCUUCCCCGACAGGAGCCUAGUUAUUCUACAGGCCUUAACCCUGAUGGAUUAGACAUUGAAAGUCAACGCAAAAUCGAAGAAGCAAUACGACAGCAAAACAUCAAUGAAAAUUAUCAAACCGCCUUGGAGUUCAAUCCUGAGGUGUUUGGUCGGGUAACAAUGCUAUACAUAGAUGUCGAAGUAAACCGUCACCCGGUCAAGGCGUUUGUUGAUUCUGGCGCUCAAGCGACAAUUAUGAGCCCCAGUUGUGCCGAAGCGUGCGGACUUAUGUGGUUGGUCGAUAGGCGAUUUGAAGGUAUUGCGAGAGGGGUUGGAACUGCAAAGAUCUUGGGUCGUGUUCAUAGCUCUCCUAUUCGCGUUGGAAAGGAUCUUCAUCUGGCUUGUUCGUUCGUAGUAAUGGAGAAUCGUGGAGUUGAUUUACUAUUUGGACUGGACAUGUUAAAAAGACACCAGGCCUGCAUAGAUCUGCAAAAGAACUGUUUAAUAAUUCAAGGCCAAGAGAUUCCAUUUCUCAAUGAACACGAACUACCAGAAAGCGCACGAAACGGUGAAUUUGUGGAUGAAGAUCUAGUGACUCCAGGGACGACAUCAGCGAGCGCUGAGGGCACAGCGAGUUCAUCGACAAAUCCUGCUGCUGCAACUGCCGUGUCUUCAUCCGAUUCUUCCUCUUCGCCUUCUUCAGACACGCAAUUGGAGGAAAAGAUCAAACGUCUAGUACAAUUUGGCAUAGACAGAGAAUAUGCUAUUCAACUUUUGGAAGCUACAAAUGGUGAUUUGGAAUCAGCCGCUAAUUUAAUACACUUUGAUUAA